AUGCCGGAGAGGGUCAGCUCCAGGUCGCGGUCCCCGCCGCUGGAGAGGCCAGAUGGGGAAGGCUGUCCGGAUGACAAGAGGAACCGGUGGCGGGGCAGGGAUGCUGACGGGGAGACCACGAGACGACGGGAUAUGGGGCGAGAUGGUUCGAGCGGGCAUGAACGACCUCCGAAACGUCGUCGCCAUGACCGAGAUGAUCGUGGGCGUGAGGGAGAACCAGCAGGUUCAGCUUCGCCGAGAGAGGAUAAAGACAGGACUGAGUCCUUUCGGCGCCACCACCACCACCGACACCAUCACCGACAUCGCCACGCCGAGAAGCGAGAUUCUACCGAGAGGACGGCUCCCGCCAAGGAGCUGCCUUUUGGCGCCCGUCAGCUCUCGCGCAGCGACCUGGUCGCGUUCAGGCCGCUGUUCGCCUACUACCUGGAUCUGCAGAAGCAGCUGGACAUCGACUCGCUCGACGAGACAGAGCUCCGCGGCCGCUGGAAGAGCUUCAUGGGCAAAUGGAACCGGGCCGAGCUGGCCGAGGGGUGGUAUGACCCGGAGAUCUUCCAGCACGCCGUCCGCGACUACGGGGAUGCCGGCAACAGCGGUCGAGAUGGCAUGCCCCUCCCGCGCGCCUCAAGUGACCAUCCCAAGCCGUCUGUCCCACGCUCCGAUCCGCCCUCCACCACGGACCAAGAAGACAACAGCGACGAUGACUACGGCCCCCCGCCUCCUCCGCCCGCCGGCCACCACCACCCCACGCCAUCCCGGUCCACCCCGGCCCGAAGCACCUCCUCCCGACCGGCGGGCCCGUCCAUCCCCACGCAGACGGACCUCGCCCUGCGCGACGAGGCGCUCGCAGCCGAGCGCGCAGCCGCGCUGGCCGACCUCCGCCUCGCGCGGCGCGCCCGCCGCCGCGAGGCGCAGGCGCUGCUGGAGGAGGCGCUGCCGCCGCGGGCCGACGCCGGCACGCGCGAGCGGCGGCUGGAGAAGCGGGCGGCGCUCAACGAGGCGCUGCGCGCGUUCCGCGAGCGGUCGCCCACGGGCGGCGGCGGCGAGGUCGACGACGGGACACUCAUGGGCGGCGGCGACGCGCCGCCCGAGGAGGAGUACAGGGCGCUGGUGCGGGCGAGGGAGGAGAGGCGCCGGGAGAGGAUCAGUCGGCGCGAGGAGGCCGAGAGGGCGCGCCGCGCCGAGAGGGAGGAGAGGGUCAGGGAGUAUCGCGAGCGCGAGGAGAGGGUGGUGGCCGGGCUGAGGGAGUUGGCGAGGAGCCGGUUUGGAGUGCAGUAG